AUGGGCUUGCAGCGGGCCUCCUUCUACCGUUACUGUUUGAUCGUACAACUGUUACCACUGUUCUUGGUGCACUUGCUAAUCGUACAAGCCAGCUAUCAUGAACGACGUCUCUACGAAGAUCUUAUGCGUGACUACAAUAAUUUGGAACGACCCGUUGCCAACCAUUCCCAACCUGUUAUCGUACGUUCCCUUGUUUACUUAAAAGUGUCCUUACAACAAAUAAUCGAUGUUGAUGAGAAAAAUCAAAUUGUUUAUGUGAAUGCAUGGCUUGAUUUUUUCGGUUCAUGGACAUAUGAUGGAUUUAAGCUGGAUCUGCAACCAGGAAAAGGAGGAUUCGAUAUAUCCGAGUAUAUGCCGAGUGGUGAAUGGGCACUUCCCAUGACAACCGUUUCAAGGACGGAAAAAUUCUACGAGUGUUGUCCAGAGCCGUAUCCUGACUUGACGUUCUAUUUACAUAUGAGAAGACGUACACUCUAUUAUGGCAAUACGAUUCAACAUGGAAAUAACGUUAAUUUUACAGAGAUAACAGUGUUACUAUCCAUUUGUUUCUUCUUGAGUAUCGUUUCUGAAAUCUCACCACCGACUUCUGAAGCAGUGCCAUUACUUGGUAAUACUUUAUCAUUCUUUAUCAUUAAUUCAUUCUCCAUAGCCGUUUCCGCAAUCAAAAUAUUGAUAUUACGCAAAUCUUCAGGUAUAUUCUUCUCUUGUUGUAUGAUUGUUGUAACCGCUUCAACGGUGUUCACUGUCUAUGUAUUAAAUUUACACUACCGUACACCGGAAACCCACGAAAUGGGUAAUAUGACUCGUACACUUCUACUCUACUGGCUACCGUAUAUUUUACGAAUGAACAGGCCAGGUGUAUAUCUCACAUGGCAAACACUACCACCUCUAUUUCCUUGCUCAAAACCGAAAAAACACAGCGAGUCAUUAAUCCGAAACAUUAAGGACGUUGAAACUGCGUCGAGUAGGUCAAAUUCGCUUGACGUAGAGCGCCGUGUGCAUCAGUACAUGAGUGGCCUUACAAAUGGUACCGGUGCGCCGAUGUAUACAGUCCUGAAUGGUGCACCUGGCGCCGUGAGUGGUGCUGGGCCUCCGCUUGACAUUGGUCAGCAGGCUACCUUACUCGUUCUUCAGCGGAUAUACCAAGAACUGAAGGUAUUCCUUUGGUUUAGACUCGUUGACCUUGUUACGUCUGCAUGA